AUGCAUUUACCGGAAGGACCGCUCGGUAUGGACAGUUACAACGCGAUACGGGAGACCCUACAGGUUCAUUGCGAUCUCGUGAGGACCGGAAGUCCCGCCAUCCUGUGCAGCGCGUUGCCGUCACACUGGAGAUCGAACAAAUCGUUGCCCGUGGCCUUCACGGUCGUCGCCCUCGACGAGGUCACCGACGGCACCUUGGUCACCAUUCGCGCUGGCAAUGACGAGAACUGCUGCGGCGAAUUGAGGAAUUGCACGGCGGUUAUGAAGAACCAGGUCGCGAAGUUCAACGAUCUCAGAUUCGUCGGUCGUAGCGGGAGAGGAAAAUCAUUCUCCCUGACCAUCCAGAUCAGCACGGUACCAUUCCAAAUCGCCACCUACACCAAAGCCAUCAAGGUCACCGUGGACGGACCAAGGGAACCACGAUCCAAGUCGAAUUAUCAGUACGGGCCUGGAUUCCCUGGACUGGGUCUCCUGAAUCCAUGGGUGGAUGUCGCCUACCUGGGACACGCGUGGCACAUGCCUCAUCCUGCGUUCGUCAAAGGAACGAUCCCGAUGUCAUCGACGGACCUAUUUCCGCCCACGUUCCCGCCAACGGUUCUGCCCUCCUAUCCGUUCGACCACGUGAAAUACCCGACGGAGUACACCACGCUGCCGCCAAAGACAACCACCACCACCGCCACCCAGCCAGCCAUACCAAACAGCCCAUCCAGGACACCACCAAGGAGUCCAAGCGAAUCUGGUAGCGAGUCAGCUGCAGAAGAGAUCCGUAGCGCGUUCGUACCGAUCAGAUUGAACGCACUGGCGCCUACCUCGUCUGUGAUCACAGCGACUGCCUCGUCACCUGAAACUAUCAUCCCGAAGAAAGCGACCGAGGGUGUCAGGAAUGAGUUGAAAGCACCUAGGACUCUGAUCAACCAUAAAUUGUCCCCUAAGAGGAGCCCGUCGCCGACGAAGAUCUCGUCGCCGCCCCCAGCGAAACCGGUCUGGAGGCCUUACUAA